AUGGAAAAAGAAUUUUCCAAAAGAAAUUUCAGUGAACUUUACUGGUUGAGUAAAUGUGAAAUAACGAAUGAUGCUGGCAUUGUAAUUAUUGAUCAUUUAAAUAUCUUGAUAAAGGAUUUCAAUGACAGAUUUUGCGAUUUAAAGGCAAUGAAUUUUCCUUCUUGGUUAACUCAACCGCUUCUGAUUAACGUUUCUGAUGCUACAAUCCAAUACCAAGAAGAGUUAUCAGAAUUACAACAUGAUGAAUCAGUGAAGACUUUGUUUAAAUUGAAAGGUACAAAGAUGUGGCUAUAUGACGAGGUUGAAAGAAAAUAUCCUAAAAUUUCUACAUCAGCGAGAGAGCUACUGAUUCCUUUCCCUUCGUCUUAUUUGGUCGAAUGUGGUUUUAGUGCAGUUGAUAAUUUGCUCGAAGCCAAGAGAAACCGGCUUGAGAUUACAAAACAUGGCGAUUUACGACUGAAAUUAACAAAGUUGUCUCCUCAAAUUAAAAACUUGUGCUGUAUGCAUCAGGCACAGGGUUCUCACUAA